CUUUCGUUUUUACCGUUAUUGUUGGUUUUUUGUUGUAUAUGUGUAAGUGUGUGUGGUGCGCCUUGACGCUCGCUGUGCGCUUCGGCAUUCACCGUAUUUUUGUACCGUUAUUUUGCAUUUGUUGGAACGCAAGGCUCGUGCGCUCGUGGAAAAUUCACCAAAAUUUUCAUUUUCAGUUUUUCUCCGACUGUUUAGGGCGGUUCCGCAGGCAGCAGGCUGAAGAAAAGUGUGUGCAGUGCAGUGUGCAAAAAAGAAAAAAUCCAAAAAAAUAAUGUUGUAGCAUAAUUUUAGAUGCCGACGCAUUGAAAAAAUUAGAAAACACUAUAGUGAUCACUAAAACAAUAAGAAAUUAGAUAAAAAUUUGAAAAAAUAAAAUAAAGAUAAGACAAAUAAAUAAUACAAAGAACAAAUUAAAACUAUUUAGCAAUUCCGGUCAUAAAUAAAACAGUGUUAAAACAUAUACAAAACAAUAAAAAACAACCCUGCGUAUCCGAACGAAUAACCAUUGUUAAAAAUUCUAAAACUAAACCACAACGAAAUGACGAAUAAAAAAUUUAAAUAAUAGAAAAAAAAUUAAGCAAAAUUUAAAACAAAAACAACAUUAGCAAAAAGUCAGUGAAUGCACUUUUAACCGUUAUCAAUGCUUAAACAUUGUAAAAAUCCAAAAAUCUCAAAAAAUUGUAAUACCGAACGUUUCAAGUGAUCGUAGCCGAAACCCCGAGAUUUAUUCAGAUUUAUUCGUGAAUACCGUUACAUUUUUAUAAUACACGUAAAUGUCCACGCGUUUGCAUUUGGUGCCUUCCUAAUGUUAUCAAUGUGUUUGUGCGUGUUGGUUUGAAACUAAAAAUAUUAUAUCUGUUCAAUAACAAAAGGAAGUAAUGAAUAAACCAUAAUUGUUGUGUGAGGAAAGUGAACGAAAAUUGUUAAAUAACAUAAUCGAAGCAGUGUCAAAUUUAUGACAAAUUACAAGCGAAAAUUUCAACUAGUCAAACAACGGCGUAGUAUUGAUGAAGAUGUGGUGAAGAGUGGGCGGCUGGACUUUCAAAACGAUUGCUGUUGUUGCAGCGUUACAUUGCUUUGUCGUUAAGAGAGUGGGUCGUUGGAAAUGACAGCAUGCGAUUGAUCGCCAGCGCUGCCAUUGAGAGAAACGCAAAGUGGUGAAUAGAACACUCCAAAUAAGCGAGCAGUGAAUCCAUACUUAGUUUCAACGUCAAUAAUGCAUUUUUUCUAACAAAACUGUUAAUAGGACAUUAGAACCGAGAAACCUUAAACCCUAAACGUCAAAAUUUAUUAAAAUAAAAAGAAAUCUUAGCAACACAACUCGCUACUCUAAGCGAGCGACUGUGCGCGUUACUGCCAAUCACGUCGACGCAACACGUAGUAGUCAUUAGUGUGUGAAACUCGAGUAGCAGCCACAGGAUACCAGACAGCAGACGAGACAGCUGAAAGCAGUUGGAAGGCGUUUUCUGUGCCGCUGGUUGUUGUUGUUCGACAAUCGAAUCACAGCCAGACAGCAGCGAAGCGCUUGCACGCGGUGUGGACGUUGUUGUUGACGUCUCUGCGUGCGGUAUUCUUCGUCGCAUAGCGCGUAGCUCACGAGCACGUGACACAGGCAAACACACGCACAUACAGGAGCGGAUAGGAUCUGGUGACCGUGACGGCUGGUAGGCGGAGUGACACAUUUAUUUUUUUAGUUUGAUUGCAACGACAUGGCCUGCGUAAAUUGUGAGCUGGCCGCAAUUAUGAAAUGGCGACUAGCGGUGAUAUAUCGAUGAUCUCACCACCAUCGUCUUCCAUUUCGAACGGCCAGGAUCCAUUCGGACAAUUGCCGCCGCUGCCACCGCCACUGCGUUCAACACAAGUGCUUCAACCGCUAACGGUUUUUCCAGUGUCCAAUUUGAGCGAAGACUCUUACGAUUAUGUUUUUGGUGGUCGACGUAAGACCCCGCCUGCAACAAGAACAACAACUACACUCAAGCUGACCUCACCGCCAGUACGCCUGCGACCAGAAGACGCACACCAUCGUGGUGGCAACGUAAAUAAUGGUGGCCGCUUUUAUCGUCAUUCCUUCAGUUACGCGCCAAAACGCACCCGACACGGCAACAACAGCGAACGCAAUGAAAAUCGUGAAUCACGACUGAGAUGUCAUGGCGAAGACGAAGCAACACUGCGCCAACUGCUUCUCGAUUUGCAAAAGCAAGUUAGCGUGAUGAGCAUGAAUUUAUCAGCCAAACUGGAUGAGCUUCAGAGAGGCGAUCGCCACUUGGAGACGACAGUCGCCUUGUGUGAAAUACGUACACAGCUGCAGGAGCUAACCAAAUCCGUGGAGAGCUGUCAAAGUGAAGUGUCCGAGGUGAAACGAGACAUGGUGGCGAUCAAGCACGAACUAGACACCGUGCAACAAGUCAAAGAGGAAAUCGAAGAGCUGCGCGAAUACGUCGACAGACUGGAGGAGCACACACACAGACGGAAGCUAAGACUUUUAGAACAAGGUCUUACCUUCUUCCUAACAUACUCGAUAUUCUCAGCGGUGCUGGGCAUGUUGCAGUUCGGUUACAAUACCGGUGUGAUAAAUGCGCCCGAGAAGAAUAUUGAGAAUUUCAUGAAGGAUGUAUACAAGGAUCGCUAUGGUGAGGAUAUUAGCGAGGAGUUCAUACAACAGCUGUACUCGGUGGCGGUGUCGAUAUUCGCCAUUGGCGGCAUGUUGGGUGGUUUCAGCGGCGGUUGGAUGGCCAAUCGCUUCGGCAGAAAAGGCGGAUUAUUAUUAAAUAAUGUACUUGGCAUAUCGGGUGCUUGUCUAAUGGGUUUUACCAAAGUUAGUCAUUCCUAUGAAAUGUUAUUCCUUGGCCGAUUUAUUAUUGGUGUUAAUUGCGGUCUUAAUACAUCAUUGGUGCCAAUGUACAUCUCCGAAAUAGCGCCACUGAACUUACGCGGUGGAUUAGGUACUGUAAAUCAAUUGGCUGUGACAAUAGGUUUACUACUAUCCCAAGUGUUGGGAAUCGAACAAAUUUUAGGAACUAAUGAAGGCUGGCCAGUUUUACUUGGUCUAGCCAUAUGUCCAGCAAUAUUGCAAUUAAUAUUACUGCCGGUAUGCCCGGAAUCGCCCAGAUAUCUGCUUAUAACGAAACAAUGGGAGGAGGAAGCCCGAAGAGCGUUACGACGACUACGUGCCUCUAGUUCGGUUGAGGAAGACAUCGAAGAGAUGCGCGCCGAAGAACGCGCUCAACAAUCCGAAAGCCACAUCUCCACCAUGGAGCUCAUCUGUUCGCCCACACUGCGACCGCCAUUGAUUAUCGGCAUUGUUAUGCAGCUGAGUCAGCAAUUUAGCGGUAUCAAUGCGGUACUCUACUACUCGACAUCGCUAUUCAUGAGUUCCGGCCUGACGGAGGAGAGCGCCAAAUUCUCAACGAUAGGCAUCGGCGCCAUAAUGGUGCUAAUGACGCUCGUCUCAAUACCGUUAAUGGAUCGUACCGGUCGUCGAACACUCCAUCUAUACGGUUUAGGUGGCAUGUUCAUAUUCUCGAUAUUCAUAACGAUUUCAUUUUUAAUUAAGGAGUUUUUUGGUUAUGUACAGGAAAUGAUCGAUUGGAUGUCGUAUCUGUCGGUGGUGUCCACGCUCGGCUUUGUCGUCUUCUUCGCUGUGGGACCCGGCUCCAUACCGUGGAUGAUUACGGCGGAAUUGUUCUCGCAAGGCCCAAGACCCAGCGCGAUGGCGAUUGCUGUACUAGUCAAUUGGAUGGCGAACUUUGUUGUCGGCAUUGGUUUCCCCAGUAUGAAGGCUGAAUUGGAGAAUUACACAUUCUUGCCGUUUAGCGUCUUCUUAGCUAUAUUUUGGAUAUUCACCUACAAGAAGGUUCCUGAGACUAAGAAUAAGACAUUCGAGGAGAUAUGCGCGCUGUUCCGCCACGGAAAUGGAAGGAGUAUGCUAAACUGCACAAAUAGCUUGGAGCCACAAAGUAUGAAUUCUGGCAUCGAACAUGCCGCAUUGAUGGUAUCUGAGGAAAAGACCCAACAUGACUCACCUGCAUCCGAGCGUUGUUUAGAAGGCGGCCGAAAUACACUCCAGGGCCGGAGCGGUGCCUCUGCGCCCCAUCACCAUCGUCAGCAAAUACCUGUCUGCCCGAACAGCGGGCCUUGACUGAGGAACGCCUCACCUCCUGAAACUGCCAGUGUACAUUCAACGAAUGCUGAACAACACCAAUACCCACAUCAACAACAACAACAUCCAACACAAUCGAAAACAUCACGCCAACAGCAACAACAGCAGCAACAGUCACAGCAACAUCAUCACGUACAUUGUAGCUAUGAUAAGGAUAUUGUAUGUGACGACACGCAAGCGCACCUGCAGCAAUUGCAACAGCAACAGCAGCAACAACAACAGCACGGCGAUCAGCCAUAUAUGCACCAGCCAACUCACUGUCACAGCCACAUUGCUUACGCGGAACCGCUUCAACAAUCCACCACCACACCGACGCCACACCGCCACCAAGCGCAACGCAAGCACAGCCACAGUCCACACCAUAGUCGCCACACAUCGCCGCACAGUCAUCACUCGCACAGCCAGCACUCAUCACCGCAUCAAUCGCAUCAUCACAUGCACGAAACCGAUUCGCUGCCGCGUUCAUCCCUAACGCAUCCAACACGUCCUCCCGCAGGCAAUGCGCCAACCUCAUCCACGCAUCAUCCACAUCAGCAUCAUCAGCAUAAUCAUCGACGCCGACGUUCGCGUCACAGUCAUCAACAGAAUGGAAAUGGCAACGGUAAUGGUAAUGCAGGAGGCGGAGGCGGCAGCGGUAACUCAAGCUUACAUGGUCCACAUGGACAUAGUCAGCAUAGCGAACCGCGUUCCUCAAAUCGGCAUCACAGCCACACACAUGGCAGCAGCUGCACGCGACGUCAUCGCUCAGCCACAGAUAUUUCCAGCACCUCGUUGAACACAUGCCACGAUCCGACCUGUGUGGAUCGUGAGGUGCAAGAGAUCUUGGUGCGUAAGACCUGUUGCAACUCUUCGCGCACUGAGCUCGCGCAAUAUUUCGCAGAGGAUCUCUAUGGUUCCACACGUCGACCUUCGUCGUGUUGCACUUCUUCGGAUUAUUGCUAUCAGACCGAUUCGACUAGUCUGUAUGGCUCACGUUCAUCGCUCAGUCGCAAUAACUCAAUUAAGUCGGCAUCGGUUGCGCUGCGUAAACGUCGUUUGCACCAGCGACAACCCAGUUACACAUCGAUUUCAUUGCGUGGCUUAAACGCUGGCCAUCCAAGCAGUCAGCCCGGCUCGCUAACUUCCGUUUUCGAUCGUGCCAAACAGAUGGGUAUCGAUGCCGCCGAUUUGGACAAACGCGGUAGUGGCGGCAAAAUUGUGGUUUCGCCGUCCAAGGUGACCAUCGAACGACAAACAUCAAAGGAUGCGCUGAGCAAUGAUCUGCCCGAAUAUGCGUGCUCGCCGUCACCAAUACGUUGGAGCUUCCUGGCCGAUGGUAAGUCACCUACCGAAUUCGAACGCGCAGUGAGCGAGAUGGACACCAAAGAUCCGUGGACUUCGGCGGAUGAGCAAACACGUGUGCCACGCGAGCCGAAGCCAACUAAGUGUGAGCACCGCAGCGAACAUCGCAGUGAGCAUCGUUCGUACACCAUGCAGCACAGCAGCCGCAAGCACACGCACGAUGAGCGCCCAAGCACUUCGGCAGCAGCGGCGGCGCGCAAAUGUCGCGAAAGCCCAAUGAACUGUGAUUUUGAGGAGACAUCAACCACGGUGCUUUUCCAUCAGGAGGCAGACUCCUACAAUAACUGUUGCAAUAACUACAUCCAAUGUAACACCUACCUCGAUCAAGAUCUGCAGAUCACCAGCGAAGACAUACAUCAAUAUCUCUCGAAGGGCAAUCAACAGUCCAACGAUGUGUUGAACAAUUCUAAAAACUAUCCAUUCCAGCCAAGCAAUGCCUUGGAAUUCCAGUAUAAAAACAAUUUCGCCAACAAUAAUACCGGUGCUGCCUCCUCGGAGGGUGGUGACAGCGUACGCGGCUACGAAUUCUGCUUUCGACGCAACUCCAGCAAAGAAACAAAUCUAAAUCAGAACUCUAACGCCGCUGGCACAGCCAUUGGCGAGUCUGAGGGCGCCACAGCCUGUGCCGCGUCCUCAUGCAGCAGCACACCGCUCUCACCGACCAACAUCAACCUCUCGUCUAGCACGAAUAAUAUUAAUAUCGUCUUCGGCAACUACACCGAACGCAACGCCAACGAAGUCAAGUUCAUUAACACCACACGCGGUGGUGAUACAGUUGCGGUCUCAAGCGAGGCGCAUCACAGCGGCUACUUGCCAUACACCUACCCAAGCUACGACUACACAAACAUGUCGGCAAACUCACAGUUUGACAAGCCGCUAGGCAUUGGUGAGCUGCCCAAAGACUUCACCAGCACUGCCGGCAGUGCUGAUGCUGCCGAGGAGGAAGGCGCAAUUGGUGGUUGCUCUAGCGCCACUUGUGGCUCGCCAACGAUCACCGCAACAAGCGAUGAUCAUCACUCAUCCCUACUGCAAUCGCCUGUACCGACUGGUGUCUCUUUCGAAUCAUUCGAUGCCGCUUCCGAUCACAAUUUGAUAUCGUGUCGUGACAGCUGUCAAUUUUCACCAACACCACGUUCACCAUUAUCGCCUGCAUCGCCAGCCUCCUCACCAUGUUUGUCGGCCUCCAUCAAUCCAGCUGCCGCUUCCUAUGUGAACGCACAUCAUCCAUAUUUUCAUUAUCAGGCGCAUGGCGCCGAUCAACAGCACUCACCCAACAGCGGUGCACAUCAUCACUAUCACAAUCACCAGCAAUAUCAUCAUCAUCAACAUCAGCAUUUCACCGAAAGCUUUAAGAUCAGCAAUGCUUUCAAAAAGGUGCGCAAGCGUGCACGCAAAUAUACCGAUUUCCUGCGCAAGAAGUGAGCUAGCCGAUCGAACGACCCGACGAUCGAUGUGCGCUAAGCAGUUUCCGUUAUACAUACGUAUGUACGCAGCAAACGUGCAUCGAUCGUUUGUCAGCACACAUCCAACAACACACUUGGAUCGUUUGAACGAGGCUUUGCUAGCGCGAAGUAUUUUGUAAAAGUUUGCUAUGUGUAUACGUGUCUCUAUUUUGUGCAGAUUCUCCCUACUUCGGCAAACGGUAUGUGGUCGUGGCGCUCAACCGACGCGCCUUUAGUUUGGACGAGGCUAGCAAUUGAAGCCGCAGCAGCUGUAGCACGAAAUAUUAUGGAGCUUUCGACGAGCUUUCACUUACUUUUGUGCUGAUUUUCAAUCGAAAUGCGUAGCACAGUUAUGUGCUGAGUGUUCUGAAAUUACUGGCUUCCGAAGUGGCGGUUGGCGCAGCGUAAACAUAAGGCGUAACUAUGCGGCCAACGAGCUUCAAUUUAUUUCAUACUGCUUUCGAAAGUGUUCCUGCUCUACCGUUAUGUGAUCUAGUUCCAGAUCUAACGACUUCCAGCACGUUUUAUGGCUAACGUUGGCGCUCGGGCGACCAAUCUUCACUCAUCCAUGGCAUGUACUCGAACUUAAGCAAUCAAUUAGCGUUCCUUGGUGUUACACAAUCAAGCUUGAUCUUCGCAAUCAAGCAGCAGGCGUCAAGCGUAUGGCGUGCGGUGAGCGGCUGAUAUUAGAAAAUACAAAAACAAACAAACAUACAUACAUAUGUCCAUAUGUAUUUUGUAUCAAUCUUGAAAAGCAAUAAAGCGCAGUAAGCUGUAGAUAAGUACUGAAAAAUAGAAAAAGAAGAAUAAGAAGAAGAAGCAGCAGAGUGUCUACCAAUGUACACAAUACUCGGGUAGGUGCGGCGUGUUAUCCCGUUAUUUGAAUUGAGUGUAAGGAUCUAGAAGCAUAAGCAGACGUAAAUUAUUUACUGUGUUCACUGCCAAACAAAAAAAAUCUAACUGUAAAACAGAAAACCAAAAACAAAAUAUGCGAAUGUAUGCAAAAACAAUAGAAGUUGAGUAAUAUAUGUAUAUGUAUAAGAAAUGCAAAAGUGUGGCAACACCACCCAAAUAAAUGCCAAAUUCCGUAUGCACAAACCAAAUAGUGAGUUGCAAAGUGCUGUGUGAGUUGUGGGGGGCGUGGCUGCGCACGCUCUUUUCUACUGUAGACAAACACACAUACAUACACACUAAACACACACACACACACAGAAAGACAUAAAAUAACGGUAAACACACAUUAAAGCUUGCAAAUAUUUGCCCGGAACACGAGAUCAGCAGGCGCGCAGUGCGCAAAAUCGACGCCGACGACUGCUUGACGAAAAGCAACUAAAAUUAAAACUAACAAAUAAAAAAUAAACAGUUAUACUUUAAUAAUUCAAAAAACAAAAACAAAGCAAAAAACACUCGAGCAUAUAAGUAAAAGCAAAACAAAAAAAAAAGUAAAUGCGAAAUUGUGACACAACGACUAUUUUAAUUAAAAAUAAUUAAAUUAAUUAAGGCAAGCAAAAGAAAUAGGUGAUUAUUGUGAGAACCCUUAGCGUAAGGUAUGCAUAAAAUGAAUUUGUAUUAGUCAAUAAAAUACAAAAACAAAAAUUAUAAUAAUAUGCAUAAAACCAAUGGCAU